AUGCUGCGUUCAGCCGCAGUGCUGCUUCGGCUUGUGAUUGUAUGCAGCGGUGAUGCCAUGACCGAGCGCUUCGUCGUUCCUGUCGUCUACCCCGACGACGUGGUGGGUGGCCAUUGCGUCCAGCUCAUUGAUUUGGGCAACGGCGCGUGGGUAGGGAACCGAUCAUUCUGCACAGGAGAGCUAAGCGAUGUCGACCAAUUUGUCGGGCCUUUAUCGUGCACGUUCGAUGGCCGUGACACCAUGGUUGUGAUGGACAAGACCAACACCUGGUAUGCCAUCAACCUGACAUCCAUGUCGUUGGCAGCGACACGCCAGCCCGACGGCCACGAUUGGGUCUUCCUUACUCUGUCCGAUCACGGCACCAUGCUCGGCGUGUUCCACGACCAGGAGGACCAGCACUACGCGGCCUCGGUCGGAGCCGUCUGGGACUCGGAGGCGCUCCCGGUCGUCUGGCAGAGCGUCUGGGGCCAGGAGCGGCACGCCCUGGACUACGGCAUCGCGACCUCCACGAGCAGCGACGCGCUGCUCGUGCCGACGCAGAGCGGAGGAGGGAAGUGCGGGUCGCUCUACACGCUCCGGCUGCACAGCGAGCCGGACCACCUGGAGCUGGGCUCGGAAGACUGCGUCAUUCCUCUGCUGCGGUACAGCUCCAGCGGUUCGCUUCUGGCGCUCUCGCUGCAGGACGGCAGUGUGUGCGAGCAUUGCCCUCCCCGCCUCAGUAUUGUCGAGAAGUCAGCCGGGCACGGUGACGGAUUCACUGCGCCAUCUGUGCAAUAUCAACGAUGCAGACGGAUGGUGGUUGAGUGGGCAGCGCGGCAAUCAUGGGGCGAUUGGGCGGGUUGA